GACUUGUCGUAUCUACCUAUGAUGUGUUGAUGUACACCAAACCCCAGGGAUACGUGCCCACACUGGGAGCCUAUGUUCGUUCCACUGUUCCCCUGGCUGGUGCAGGUGCUGUCUUUGCUGCAGUCACAUGUGCUUCCACAAGCCUGCGAGGAAAGGAUGAUAAACUCAACUACUUUUUGGGAGGAUCCGCAGCUGGUGGUAUUAUCGGUGUAGCUGCACGAACCUUCCGUGUUGGAGUGCCUGUGGCCGCCUUCCUUGGUUUGUCUGCCAUCCUCUACAAGGACUCGAAGGACAAUGGCUGGAAGCUCUUCCCGGGAGUCACUCACAGAGUUGGCUCCUUUGACCACGUUAGCUAUGACUUCACCCUCCAAAAGUCACACAAGUAAAAGGGGGUUUAUUUUUGUCGCCGGCUGUAAUUACGAACCAGAAGCAGUUUCCGGAGCAGCUUUAUGUUGUUUUUCAGAAAUAAGGAUGCAUUGAAAUUCCUGAAAUGCUUGUAUAUGUUUGAAAAAGGCAUUUCGGAAGAAAUGAGUCAAAAUUAUCACAUGCAAUAAAAACAAACCAUAAAGUUUGAACAUCAGUAUAGCUUGGUGGAAAGUUAGUAACACGAAAUUAAUGACCAUACCUAAUUUUAGAAGGAUGUUUACAGUGUAAAUAAAUAUUUAUAAUAAGACA